AUGGUGAGUUCCCGUGGCAAGUUAGAAGUUGUAGCAGUAAACAUCACUGUGGUCAUGGGAGCCAAGACUUUCAGCGACAUCAACUUGGAGAGAAAACAAGUGCAGAAGAUCAUUGUCCACAAAGAUUAUAAGCCACCCCUCUUUGACAGUGACCUCUGCCUACUCCUGCUUGCCACGCCAGUCCAAUUCAAUAAGGUCAAAAUUCCUGUCUGCCUGCCACACAAGGAGAGCUCCUGGGACCGGUGCUGGAUGGCAGAGUGGGCAUCUACUCAUGGCCAUGGCUCGACUAAAGUCUUAAACAUGCACCUGAAGAAGCUGAGGGUGGUUCAGAUUAAGUGGAGAGCAUGCGCCAAGAGGGUGAGUCAACUCUCCAGGAACAUGCUCUGUGCCUGGAAGGAGGCAAGCACCAACGGCCAGUGCCAGGGUGACAGCGGGGCACCCAUGGUCUGCGCUAACUUCUCGACUCGGAGGCUCUUUCAAGUGGGUGUCUUCAGCUGGGGCGUAACCUCGGGCUUCAGAGGAAGGCCCGGUGUGUUUGUGUCUGUGGCUCGGUUUAUCCCAUGGAUCCUGGAGGAGACACAAAAGGAGGGCAGAUCUCUCACUCUCUCAAAAGCCUCCAAAAGCUCCUUGGCUUGCGUUCCACGUUACACCAUAUUGCUAAGCUUGGGGUCUCAAAUACUGGUUCUGUCAUGUUUGCUGGGGGAUAAAUCAAAUUGCUAA